GCAAACUCCUACAUCAUGCAGCGCAAUUUAAAGAAACAAUAAAUAAUGUAUAGUUAUAUAGCACACUGUGCUGAGUUUAGAAAGAAGGCUGAUGUGCAGGAAAAAAAUGAAGGCUCUCUUGUUUUUCCAAGUUCUGAUGUGUUUGACAAUGAAGAGCAAGGCUGAAAGUGUAUUUACUGGAACAGAAGGGGGCAGUGUGGAUAUCUCCUGUAAAUAUGCUAAUGGAUAUCAAUAUACACCCAUGUACCUCUGCCGUAAUCCAUGCAGAUCGUCUGAUGUCUUAAUUAAAAUUGGACUGGUUGAUAAUGUCAUCUUUAAGGGAAGAUAUAGUGCAAUAAACACCGUCUCUGCACGUAGCUUCUCUGUCACCAUAAGACACCUCACAUUAAAGGACUCUGGAGUUUAUUAUUGUGGAUUGGAAACAUGGGGACCUGACUCGCUGAUCAAAGUAAAGCUUAAUAUCAGUAAAGUUCCUACUGUGUCUACACAUUCUCCAGUGUCCAGGCAGAUUCAAAGUUCUGCUGCUACAGAACUACCUCUUGCCACCACAGUGAUAACAGCUACUGCAGAUAAUUUAUCAUCAUAUGAACAAAUAUCGUCCCUAACUCAAACUCAAGAUUCUUUAGACCCACAUGGACAGGUGCUUGUUGUUUGUGGAUGGGUGCUGGGCCUGAAGCUGUGCUGCAUUCUUGCAGCUCUUGUGAUUCUUUACAGAAAACCAUCAAACAUCACAUGAGGACAUUUGCCAUGUGUAUGAUGAGAUGUCAGCUGUGUAUAGCUUAGCUGGUCCAGCUACAGGAGAUUAUUCUUCAGCCACCUAUUGCAUCAUUCAGCGUCCUGCUCCAGCAGAUACAUGUACUGAUUACAAUCCAUAUUCUCUAAUAGUCCUCUGUUACUCUACGUUCCCUGGUGUACUUGUUUGUUUUGGUACUGUGUUGUUUCUUUUUUUAUCUGUUUCUUUGUCUUCUCUCUUUUUUAAAGUAUAGGCUCAUCAUAUUGGUUGUCCGGGGUUCACUAAUCCUCCAAUGGCCUUGGACCUGUUGUCAUACAGUAAAAGGGACUGGGCUCCCUUGGCUUGUGUCAUUCGUCCUGCUUUUCGGCCAGCGGGCGACUGUCCAUUUUGUGCCGAUUGCGUUCUUUUUUUUGUGUUUAAGCUUUGCUGCGUUUAGUUUAUGUUUUGUUUUUGUUGGUUAUUUGUUAGCCUGAUUUUGCCUUUGCCUCUCAGACACUCUUGAAGGACACCUGCUGUAAGUUUGUAAUGGGCAUAAGGCACUGCUUUGCUUUGGCUAAUAUAGCUUCGAUUGUUAUUUAAGUCUUGCUAAAAUAACCAAGAGAAAGGAGACAGGUAAACUUGUAGCUUACUGUACACUUAGCUUUCUUUUGUUAAUAAUAGGUAGUGACAACCACCUUUGUACUUUAUUUUUAUUAGUUAGAGUCGUUUAGUUUGGGCGUCGGAUGCGCAGAAGCUUUCGGUUUCAUUUCAACAUUUUUCGUUCGGUAGUUAGAUUAUUUGGGUUGGGGUUUAGUUAUUAGAAUUCCUUUUGCUUUUGAUAAUUACUUUGUUUUGGUGUCACUCAGUUUUUUUCCUUUUCACUUUCCUUUAUCUUUUGUUUUACAUUUUGAAAUUGGUUAAAAUAAAAUGUUUGUUA